GUUCCGAUCUUGGCUCAACUUCUUCCACAGCACCGAGAGAAAAAAGUCCUUGUUGGUAUUUUUGCCAAUUUCGCUUUUACCUCCUUCAACUCCUUUUCUUCCUGUUGCCGAUACGUUGUGACCCGGAAAAAGGCCUUCAAGAGCCAUCCUAUUGCCUCUACUGCACCUGCCUUCGAUUCCGAAUCAGGCCCCUUGUCGAUCACCAUGUCGACAGCUGCCCGACGCCGUUUGAUGCGCGACUUCAAGCGUAUGCAGACCGAUCCUCCUGCGGGGGUUUCCGCAUCUCCCAUUCCCGACAAUGUCAUGACCUGGAAUGCCGUCAUUAUAGGACCAGCCGACACACCGUUUGAAGAUGGAACAUUCCGCCUCGUCAUGCAGUUUGAAGAACAAUACCCCAACAAGCCUCCCCAGGUCAAGUUCAUCAGCCAGAUGUUCCACCCCAACGUCUACGCCACUGGCGAGCUGUGCUUGGACAUUCUACAAAACCGAUGGAGCCCAACCUAUGAUGUCGCUGCUGUUUUAACCAGCAUUCAAAGUCUACUCAACGACCCCAACACCGGCUCACCAGCGAAUGUGGAGGCUUCGAACCUAUACAAAGACAAUCGAAAGGAGUAUACUAAGCGCGUACGAGAGACUGUUGAGAGAAGCUGGGAAGACUAAAAGAGCUCAUGAUAAGCUUGGAAUGGCGAGGGCAUGUGCUUGGGCGGCAUCCGGGCAACCACCUAUCCGCUUCAGGUAGCUGAAAGGGAACGUGGACCUAGCCUGCAUCGGCUUCGUGCCGUAUCCCAGAGACUGGCCCCCAACGGAAAGAAGGGAAGGAUUCAUUGCAGGCGUUUUGGUGCACGAGAUUGAACUGGUUAUACCAAGGAAGGGGGGACGAUUGUUCUCGUAUCAUGUCUUGUUAUUUUCUACCUAGGAUUCAAGCGUUUGUUUUUGGCAUCAUCACCACUCUGAUGGAGAUAACCAAAUAAUACUUCAGUGGCAACG